AGCAUUUCUCGGAACUGUUAUUGCCCAGGCUGUAAGGCGAAGCUGCUGCCUGUCACUUGGCGUCAUGUCCGCCCUUUAUUUGUAAACCGAGCAGCACAUGGCUUGCUAUCAGUAUUCUGCAGCAGACUGAGCUCGAUUUGUGUAGCCAUUGCUGAUCUUCAUUGCGAAAUCGCUCCCGUGAAACAGCGGCUAAUAACUUCUGGCAAACUUUUUUUUCGCUUCACAAAAUGUCUACAAGCUGCCAUCAAAGCAAAAGCUGCCCGAUCCCAACCAAAGUUCUGCUGAAGGAUUUGUCCCAGUUACCCGAUCUGUACUGCAGUACCCCGGGCGGCACUCUGUUUUCCACUACCCCAGGAGGUACACGGAUUGUUUAUGGUCGCAAGUUUUUGCUAGAAUGCAGGAAUUCUCCACUUGCCUGGACACCUCCUUCUUACCUUCCUCAGAUUCCCGGUGUAACUCUUCCUCAACAUUCAACUUUGAGCAAAGUUGAGGAACUUAAAGAACAAGAAAAUGAAUCAGAAAAAGAAUCACCAGCUGAUGAUGCUCAGUUUGAAAUGGAUAUUUAAACCAUCCUGGAAGAAGAAGAUUGUUCUCUUGACAGAAGCACAUGUGUUUAUUGAGGAGCAAUACACCAACAUGAAAACCAAUGAGGAUGAUAACUUCAGCAGUGGAAAUGUAAUUGUUUGUAACUUGUGAUUAUAUGGUUGGGUUGGGGAAGGGCAGAAAUUUUAGGUGCUUUCCUUUAUUUUUGGUGCUGUUUCUCCGUAGGAACCUGUAUGAUUUAAAAUUUUUUUUUAAAGUUUACUACUUUAAUCCAGAUAAAAUGGCGUUUUUUGGUCCUCAAGUCCAACUUCAGAAGCUUUUAAUCAGCUGUAAAGGAGUCGGUGGUCCAGACAUUGGUGUAGCAGCAAGAUUGGUGAAGAGCUCUGUCUAGCACAUUGAGUUAGAGGGGUAUAUUCCUACAAUGUUGUUAAGAAUAAACCUCACUGGGAUGUAAUGGGAAAAGCAUUAAGUGGGCAACACACUGAUCUCAUUGUUAAUGGCAUGGUAUUAGUUAUAGUGGUAAUUGAAAUGCUGAAAUCUACAGAAUGCUCCAUUCUUAAUAUCUUGUAAAUGAGAUUCUUAUAUUUAUGGUGUGAAAUUUUAAAUAAAGACGAAGUUCCCACAUUUACAUUGCAGCUUUUAUGACCUCAGCAUGUUCCAAAGUCCUUUAGUCCUUUAUUUGUAAAAUUACUGUUAAUUGGGAAUUUCACAUGUAAUAAGCUUACCUCAAAAUAAAUCAUGCACAGUGAGCCCACCAGAAACCUGAGUUUUGUG